AUGAAUACAAAAACUAUAUCAACAAGAUAACCAUUAUCAUAAAUUGAUUUUAAUCAAGAUUUAGAUAAUUUUCGUACAACACCUAAACAUAAAUAAUUCAAAACUGCUAUUACUCUUAAUAGUGAUUAUAAAAAUAAUCAAAUUUACAAUGUUCAAUUCAAAGUCAAAUAAUAGAAUCAAACAAUUGAUUAAUCGACUAACAAUAAUAUUAAUAAUAAUAAUGCAAGUAGACUAAAUGAAAACAAUGCUAUUUUCAUGUCUCCUGCUCCCCUUCGUAGGAAUACAUAAUUUCAAAUAUAAUAGUAAUAAUAGUAAUAAAUUACUUCACCUUUAUAAAAGAAUUAUAGUUAGAAACACUUUUAAGCAAAUUCUCCAAUUACUAAACCUAAUAUAUAAUUUAGAGGAAUAUCAUAAUAACCAAUAAAUUAAAAUGUUUCACAUACUACAACUUAAAAGUUAUAGUCUGAUGUUGAAAUUCUUAAGAAUUAGAAUCAUGCAUUAUAAUAAUAAAUAUUUUAAUUAGAAUCUAAUAUAUAAAGAGGGAAUAGUACUUAAUUCAUUAAGGAAUUGGAAAACAAGAUUUAAAUGCUUUAAAAAUUGAAUGAAAAAUUAAAUUAAGAUAAUCAACAAUUAUUAAAAAUAAGUAAUGUUGAAUAACUUACUUAAGAGAGGGAUUUAUAAUCUAAAAAAUUAUAAGAAUUGGAGAGUUAAUAUGAGAAUUUGUUAAAAUAAUUUGAAUAAUUUGAUUGUAAGAAAUGGAAAGAAUUAGAAUAAAUGAAUCAAGAAAACAAGAUAGAAAAAUUGGUAAUGGAUUUAGAAGAUAAGAUUACAGGUUUAAUAAUAGAGAAUGAGAAAUUGAAUUAAUAGAUUUAAGAAGAAAUGAAAUUAGAUUAGAAAGUGGAAUAAUUAUAGUUAGAAUUGCAAUAAUAAUAGAUUGCAUAUUAGAAAUUGAAACAUGAAGAAGUUUAAUAUAGAUUUAGAUAUGAUACAGCAAAUUAUGAUGAGAAAGUAAGUAGGAGAGAAAAGCCAAAUGAUAAUAAAGAGAAAGUGAUUGAGAAUGUAAUAUAUUGAAAUAAAUUAGAUAAAAAUAUUAGAAGAAGAGAAUAUAAAAUUAAGAGAAUUAUUGAGAGAAAUAGAUUAUGAUGAGGAAAUAAAAGAUUUAGAAGAUAGGGUAAAUUAUAAUAUAUUUAACAUAAUAUUAGAUUCGUGUAAUAGCAUAGGAUAAUAGAAAAUUAGAGAUGUAAUUAUUACAUAAAUGA